AUGGUCAAGGAGAAGGGGCAGCCCCGAAGGCCUGGCCAAGGUCAAGCUCAGCCAAACGGCACCGCUGGCCAAGUCACUAAGAAGCCUGAUGGAGCAGCUGGCGCGAAAAAGAAGGGAGCUGUGGUCCCACACCAUGCGCACUCGAGACUCGCCCAGGACCCACACCAUCACGCGACAAUGCAGCAAUUCGCAAACAUCGCAAAGGCGGGUAUGAACCAUGACCACAUUCGGAGCUUGGUCCAUGUUGGGACCCUGGCCCUGGCGAUGUUGGCGCACAGUUCAGGGAUGACGGCUGGACACGAGGAGGAGGAUGAAGAGGAGGAGAAGCAGUAG